AUGGCGGCAGCGACCAUGAUGGCGUACCCCGUUCGUGACGGCUUCCAGGCCUAUCCGCAGCAAUACGCCAUGUACCAGCCGCGGCCACACCAGCACCAGCACCAGCACCAGCACCAGCACCAGCAUCCGCACCAGCAUCAGCACCAGCACCAGCAUCAGCAUCAGCAUCAGCACCAGCACCAGCACCAGCAGGUCAGCGUUGGGCCUUCGAUGGCGGUCAACCCGUAUGCCCAAUACCCCGCAGCGCAGCAUCCACCUCAGCAGCAGCCGCAACCUCAACCGCAACCACAGCCGCACUAUCAACAGAUACAGACGAGUUCACGGUCACCUCAACCCUCUGGAUCUCCCGUAUCAGAGGAUGGCUUCAAGCCAUCUCUACCAUCCAUCUCGAACCUCCUCGGAAUCGCGGACAGACCAGCAAACGAUGGUCGUAAGUUUGACGAAGCGCAUCGAUUGCAUGGCUAACGGACCAAGCUGACGAACCUCUUAGGCCCACAACAGAUUCCUACCUCUGCGCCGCAAGCGCCAGAACAAUUACAGUCCUCCCAGAUUUCGCCUCAAGCGGCUCAGACAGGGGACGUGGAGUCGAGAUCACGACCUUCGUACGCCGCUCAAGACGCUUCAGUCAGCCCGCGAGGCGUUCCUCCACCACCUCCGAUGCGCAACGACUCGGUCCUGGAGAGCGCGCAUAGUCCCUCGACCAUGUCCUCCGGAUCGAACAUCUCUGGUCCUCCUUACUUUGUGGGAUCUUCCAUCAACAACAUGGAACCGGCUGAUCAGCGCAAUGCUCAGAUGCAUAUGGUCAAACGGCCGUCCGUUCCAUCGCAACCUAAUGUAUCGCCCUAUGGAGGUCGAUAUACCGCCUCGCCUUACACAACAUCACCAGGCACCGUUUCGGCGGCGUCAUACUAUUCUCCAUCAGAGCCUACGUAUCCCGUUCCAGCUGGAAUCUACCAGCAAAGGCCACUUCCAUCCAACUUUCCACCACAGGCGCCAUUGCCCGUGCAUUCGUCAGGAUUACCGACGAGCAACCCCUGGGAGCACCACCACUACAUCAGCCCGUCAUCAUCUGCGACGUUUCCACAGUCACAGGACCGAUACAUCUGUCCGACUUGCAACAAAGCGUUCAGCCGACCUUCCAGCCUGAAAAUUCACUCGCACAGCCACACAGGCGAGAAGCCAUUCAAAUGCCCGCAUGCUGGCUGUGGCAAGGCUUUCUCGGUACGAAGCAACAUGAAGAGGCACGAAAGGGGCUGUCACGGCGGCAUGGGACCUGGAGGACAUCUCCCUCCUCCACCUCAACACGCUCUCCCGCCGUAUGCGCCACAUCCACACGCGCACAUGUAUUAA